AACGCGGAGGAAAUAGUCGGCCCUGCAUGUGCCGAUCAUCAGCACCGCUCUCAUCAACCCCAUCACAAGGACGCGCGUUCCUCACGACAUGUGCUACUACCUCCGUACAAGUUCUUCGUUCUUCGCGAAAAGUCUUGCAAGAUGUCGACGCGGCAACGGAUAAAGGCAAAGGUCAACCCAAUUAGGGGCACAGCUUACCUAUAUAUAGGUCGCGUAUCUCUCUUUUUUUCCCUCUUCCACCACCCCAACAUGUACACCGACGAAUCAUUCAGAAUCAAGACAAAACGCAAAUACGGAAAAGCCGAACGGCAGAUCGUCACAGAUAACAGGAAUCUGGAUGUGGUGAAACCCAAGGAACGAGAAAGGUGCAGGACACCCAUCGUCAACCCAGGCACACUUGGAGAGAUCAAUGGACAGCCUGUGGGUACGUGGUACAUGAACAGGGCUUUGCUUUUGGAAGCGGGGAUGCAUGGGGGCAUCCGAAGGGGGAUCUACUCGUUCAAAGGGAGUGUGCGGUCUGUCGUAUUGUCGGAUGGGUAUGAAGAGUUCAACAAAGACAAGGGCAAUAGAAUCCGGCUGUGCGGGGAAGGCGGGAGAAGCAAGGACGGGAAGAUGCAAGUCAAGGACCAAGAGUACACCCACGGAAACAGAGCUCUGCAGAACACGAUGCAGUCGGGCCAACCUGUACGUGUUAUUCGGGGAUACAAACUUGACUCCAAGCACGCCCCAAGAAAUGAGUUCCGCUACGACGGUUUGUACAGAGUAACAGGAUGUUAUGAGAGACGAGACGAAAAUGGGUAUAAGAUCAUUUUAUUCAAGCUGGAGCGACUUCCUGGUCAACUCCCCAUCGGAACUCAAGACAAAUUCUGGGCGUACCCCGACUCCAAUGCUCCUGCCAAGAUGCCUGAACUGUCUCCAUCCAAGAAGACCGAGUCGACGUCCCUCUUCCCACCUCGACCCAAGCUCCCUUCCUUCAACAAGUCCAGUACGUCCUCACACACCCUUCCAUCCAAUUGGCAGAAAGUCGCCGUGAACGAAUCAUAUCCUGCGCGUUUGUAUUCCGACAGCGGUGCUCCCAUGUCGCCUGGCUCUGCAGCCAAAGUGGAGCACUAGAAAGAGAACUAUUGCAAUGAUAUUCUGCAGU